UAGAGUGCCAGGAAAAAAAAGUGCUGAAGAGUCCUAGGGAUAUGAGGCUAUUUUUGUUCGAAGCUGAUACUUCUAGCUGAGCCACAAGUGCUGCUUGGGAAGGGCUUAGGUUGUUUCCAGGGGGAGAACUCUGCAGAGAAGAGGCAAAGUUCAACAGGACAACAAAGAAGCAGCAGAAACAGCCAGAAAAAAAAAUAAUAGCGAAGAGCCCUCCUCACACUUUAACACAGAACCCUCUUCCAGAGUUCUCAAAUCUUAAAGUACUCCACUUGACAGGAACUUUUCACCUGACUCUUAAUUUCUACGACCACUAUGACUGAGAUCACUGCUGAAGGAAAUGCAUCUACAACCACAACUGUUAUAGACAACAAAAAUGGAUCUGUGCCCAAGUCCCCUGGAAAAGUGCUGAAGAGGACAGUCACAGAAGACAUUGUGACAACCUUUAGCUCCCCAGCAGCCUGGCUCCUGGUCAUUGCACUUAUCAUCACAUGGUCAGCAGUGGCUGUCGUUAUGUUUGAUUUAGUGGAUUACAAGAACUUUUCAGCAAGCUCCAUUGCCAGGAUUGGGUCAGAUCCUCUCAAACUUGUACAUGAUGCUGUGGAGGAAACCACAGACUGGGUCUAUGGCUUCUUGUCUUUGUUGUCUGACAUCAUCUCAUCUGAAGCUGAUGACGAAGAUGAUGAUGGGGAUGAGGACAUUGAUAAAGGAGAAGUAGAAGAGCCUCCUCUGAAAAAAAAAGAAAUACAUAAGGGAAAGACUGAAAAGCCGGAGAAACCUGAAAGGAAAUUUCAAACUAAAGUUGCACACAAAGAAAAGGAAAAAGACAAAGACAAAGACAAAGACAAAGAAAAAUCUGUAAAGAAAGCAACCCACAGGGAGAAAACUGAGAAAAAAGAAAAGCCAGAAAUGAAGACAACACAAGAAGAGAAGAAAGCUAAGGCUAAAGAAAAGACAGAAGAAAAGACUAAGAAAGAAGUGAAAGGUGGGAAACAGGAGAAAGGGAAGCAAUCAGCUGCAAAAGUCAAAGAAGUACCAAAAACUCCACCAAAAGCUAAGGAGAAAGAAGAUAAAGAGGCUGCAGCUGUGUCAAAGCAUGAUCAGAAAGAUCAGUAUGCGUUCUGUCGAUAUAUGAUUGACAUGUUUGUCCAUGGGGAUUUAAAACCAGGACAAAGUCCAGCCAUACUCCCUCCAUCACUGACAGCAGGAAUGUCCACAACUCCUCAGCCAACCCCCACACCUGAAGAGAAAGAAGGGGAGAAGAAGAAAGUUGAGAAGAAAUUUAUGCCCGAAACAAAAAAGAAAGAAAAAGAAGAUUCCAAAAAGAAAACAGAAAAGGAAAUUGCUAUUGAUGUGAAAAAAAAAGAGACAGGGAGAGCUCCUGAAACUAAGCAAGGGAUUGCAAAAGUUGCAGCUCAAGCAGCAGCUAAAAAGGAUGAGAAGAAGGAAGAUUCGAAGAAAACAAAAAAAGCUUCAGAAGAACUGCCCAAGGGAAAAAAACAGGAAAAGAAAGAAAAACAUGCAGAACCAGCAAAAUCACCAAAGAAAGACCAUCCAGCUCCAAGUGAAAAACAAGUAAAAACAAAAACUGAACAAGCCAAAGAAGUUGCUGCUGCCUCCACCAAGAAAGCUGUACCUGCAAAGAAGGAAGAGAAAACAACCAAGACAGUGGGACAAGAAAUUAAAAAAGAAAAAUCGGUGAAGACUUCUCCUGUGAAAGAUAAAGAAAUCAUUAAGGGGAAAGAGGUGAAGGUCCCACCUUCCUUAAAGGAAAAAGAUAAAGAAGCCAAGCCUAAAUUUCCACAACUACAAGUGAAAAAAGAAGAAAAGCCAGAACCACAAAUUAAAAAGGAUGCAAAACCAGCUUCAUCUGAAAAAGCACAGAUACACAAACAAGACAUAGUGAAAGGAGAAAAAACUGUUGUUCAUGGUAAACCAGAAGAGAAAGAUCUCAAGCAGGUAAAAGCUGCCACGAUUGAAAAAACAGUCAAGACGAAGCCAGAAAAAAAAAUUGAACAUCCAGAAAAAGAAUUUCAAUCUAUAAAAACAGACAAACUUAAAUCAACGUCAAUAGGAACAUUGGAAGACACUGAAUCAGGAAAGAAGAAAAUUGAAAAAUCUGAAAAGGAAAGUAAAGCAGAGAAAAUGACAAAAGCAUCAAGAGAAGAUAUUGAAGAUGUGCCAGCUCCAAAGAAAGCAAAAGUAGAAAAAACUGAAGACGGAUCUUCUCCAAAGAAGCAAAAAAGUCCCAUCAGUUUCUUCCAGUGUGUGUACUUGGAUGGAUACAACGGUUAUGGAUUUCAGUUUCCCGUCACUCCUGCACAGAGCCCUGGAGAGAGCUCUGGGAAAUCAAAUUCUCCAGGGCUGAAGCAACAAGGACAAUAGACAUGCAUGCAUGCAUGACCCUUUCAAGUGCUUUAAAAUUCUGAAAUUGGAACUUCUGUUUUGUCCACACUGGCACAGUUAUUUCAAGUAAUGCCGAGAAUUUCUCAAAAAAACAUCUUUAAUCCUCUGCCUGGGUUAGAAUGCACAGAGGUGGGCAAAAGAUUGAAUAAUAAGCAAACAUGUUGAAGGGUCUAAUGCUCAAAAGUCUAUUAUUUAUUUCUGUUGUGGGAGGAAGGGUGUUUAUAAGUUUUUCUACUUUAAUUCACUAUAAAAUUGUAUAUCACGUAAAUAAAUUGGUUUAAUAUGGGCCUUUUAAAUGUAAUUGACACAAUUGCAAAAUGAAAUUCCUGGCUUCAGUUACAUACAUAAUUCAAUAUAGUCUGUGACUUCAGCUUAAAGGGUAAAGGAGUAUAUAUAAAAGUGACUAUUGUGAAUCAUGUAGCUAUCAAGUUGAUGUUUAAUCUUAUCACUCUCUUCAUGUCUGUAUCUCUUUUAGUUGUGGCAAAGUUUUUGAAUGGGUAACACUUGUACUGAAAAAUGCUGUAAUUCCCUUGUGAUAUCCUCAGAGCAAAAACUAUCUCAGAACUUUAUAGACACUAUGCAAUGGAAAAUGAGUCCUUGAUGAAUCUUGUCUGCAAGAUUUGUCUUGAACUACAAUGAAGACUUUCACUCCAAUGGAAUUAUACCUCUACUUAGGCACGUCUGUGGCAUCAUUUGUUUAAACUAUAAGAUAUGAACAUUGUCAAUUUCUCCAGACUGUGCCCUGAUAAAAACAGUACCUGGGUGAAGUUUUAAAUCAAGCACAAAUUGUGAGUGACCAAUGAAAAUAUUUUCAUUUCUCAAACAUUCUCUCUGUGAAGUUAAAUGUUUUCUAUUACAAAAUGGAAACAAAAUAUGAAUGGCAUAAAAGCUUAAGGGAGGCAUUUUAACUUUAUGUGCCUUCAUAAGAUGUCUUACUUGCUUUUUAGGGGACUGACAAUCAGGACCCAUUUUUAUCCUACUUGACAAUUUGUCACUGGAAUUGACUGUUACACUUUUGUUGUCUUCCUAGUGAUAAAAAAUACAUGUUCUUUACAUUUUUCUCUCAAUUCUGAAAGUCAUGUCUAUGGUACAUCAUGUUUACAGUUGCAGAUGAACAUUGAUGACAAAUUAACUCAAGUAACAAUUUGAGUACUCUUUCUGGCAUUAUUGCUAUCUUCAGCAUGGCCUGAUCUAGCCAGAAACUGGUAGCCAAAUGAUUUUUUUUUUCAAAACCUGCAACCAAUUAUGGUUCUUAAAAACCAAAAUGUAGGUCAGUUUUACUAAAAGUCACUAGGCAUCAGCAAUACAUUAAUUAUUAACAAUAGACUUUCAAUGACUUUUGUGAAAGACGUUGGUCUCAGCCAGAUGGAUGUGGACCUACCUCAUGCCACAAAAGCUAACACGACACUAAAUCAAACUGGAAACACAUGAGUGGUGUGAGGGCAUUGAAAAUGUGGACUUAAAGUUCUGGCCAAAUGGCACUGUCCUGCAGAGUCCUUUCCAUCACAGUGUAAACUUUUGAAUAGAAGAGUGAGCAAUGUUCAUUGCUCAGAUGCUUUUCUGCCCUUCUCCAUAUUAACACCAUCAGAGAGUAAAUCGGAUGACUAUUUCAGAACGAAUUAUUCUCUGAGUGGUUGUCAAUGACAGUUUAUUCAGCACUUACUCUUGCAUUACUGUGUUAGGUACUGGAAUAUAUAAGCAAUACAUAGGAAUGAUUCAUAUUCCCAGUACUACCUAACACAGUACAUGGUCUUGGAAAUUUUACUAAAUGAACUCUGUUUAUCUCUCCAUAUGUACACUAGGAAUAUGAAAACAAACAGCCUAGCACUGUGGAGACUGACAAAAUAGAUUUAUAUAGUUAUGACAUUUAAAUAAAUUUCUGAUACAAUACUUUUGGAUAUGGCAUUGAUAUUCUUGCAAAGAAUUUUUUAUUUAUUGUCAUUUCUUUCAGCAUCACUAUAAAAUUGAUGAAAAAUAAAACGUGACAUAUUGUAAUUAUAAUUUACUUGAAACAGAUACAAUGUAAACAAUAUUAGUAGUAAUUGUUUGAACAUAUCUGAUUAAAGUUACAAUGAUUAUAGUGCUUUAAAAAUAUACAAAUUGUCAUAUGUUUGGAAUUUUCCACCAAAUAAAAUAUUUCUAGCCCUUUCAA